AUGUCCACGACCAGCGAGAAGCUGCACUCCCUCAUCUCGUGGGUGCAGUCGUUUGUCCCCGGACGGCGGAAUGCCGACGCCGAGGACCACGCCGAUGACGCCGAGGAGCCCCUCCCCCCGGUGGAGGAACUGAAGGACCGGCCGAACCCCUACGGCCCGGAGCCGCAGUUUGCCAUCCUCGUCGCCCUGGCCCGGCUGGUCUGGGCCCCCAUGGCGGGCGGGCUCUUCCUGAUGCACAUGUUUGCGCCGCGGCCGGUGGCCGGGCUUUUCCUGGUGGCCCGCUGGUGGUCCCUGCUCUUGGUGGUGAUCCUCCUGCUGCCGAUCAUCGCCGGGACUUUCGGCUUCCUGGUGCCGGAGGCCCACCGGCCGAGGGCCAUCCGCCUGCUCUUCGAGUACGACUACCAGGUUUGGUACCAGCGCCAGCGGUACCUUCGCUGGUGGUCCGAGCUCUUCCCGGCCGAGGUGCCCGCCGCCGGCGGGCCGGACUCCAAGCCGGUUCCGGCCUCCUGGCGCGGCCUCUGGCCGCUGUUCGAGGCGGCCCUGCUGCUGGGACUGCUCGGGGCGCCGGCCGGGCUGGCCACCGUCUCGCGCUGGUCCGUGUCCCGCAGCCAGCCGGUCACCCUGGAGCUGUGCUGCCGGAUGCAGCCCCUUUCCUCCGGGUGCCUGGCCCUGCUGGCCGCCGAGGGGACCCCGAAUGCCUGCCCCGGACCGGCCUGGCCGCACCAGCUGGCCGACCCGCUGCAGGCGGCCCAGGAUGCGGAUCUUCUCCAGGACCUGGGGGCACUCCCGGCGGUGCCCGGCACCCCGGCGGUGCUCGAGUCCCUGUCUGCCGGUGCUCGCGGCGCAUCUCCCGGGGCUUCCUCCCGGAACUGCCAGGAUAUCGAGGCCGCCAUGGCUGCCCUCCGGGCCGAGUCCCGUUUGCACAGCUGCGACCUCUGA